GAGAGGGAGGGCGAUAUCUUCUCGGAAGUGGAGGGGUGAGAGGAGCCUCUCGAUCGGAAUCUUAGGGUUCGGGGAGGAGCCUGUGGAUUGGGAGUUGGGAGAGGAGGUAAUUGUUUGCCUUUUCUGUUCUUGACGACCGGGGAGAUUCGUGGGGAUUAGGGCAUGAAGGGAUGGGUCUUGGGGGAGCAGCGAAGGACACCAAGGAGCGCGAGGAGGUCGUGCACAUCGCCUGCUCGAUCUGCCUUGAGGCGGUGAAGAGCGGCGGGGGUCGGUCGACCGCCAGGCUGCAAUGUGGGCACGAGUUCCAUCUCGAUUGCAUUGGUUCAGCAUUUAAUGCUAAAGGUGUGAUGCAAUGCCCUAAUUGUCGAAAAGUUGAGGAAGGCAACUGGUUAUAUGCAAAUGGUUCUCAUCCAACACCAGAGCUCAAUAUGGAUGACUAUAUCCAUGAUGAAGACCUCUACAGUCUUGGUUAUAUGGAAAAUCCAUUUGGAGGUCACUGGUGUCCAUUUCGUGGCUUGGCAAGGAUUCCAUCAUUGUUUGAGUUUCUCCUAGGAUCAACUCUUCAUCGAUUCCUUCAAGAAAGAACUACCUUCUUUUUUCUAAACCAGGAAGGCGAAUCUUCUCCACCUGUUGCUUUUCGGGAUCCUUUGGGAUAUCAUGCUAUUGUAAUGGAGAAUCAGGCUACCCUGUCAGCUGCUCAUCCAUGCCCUUUUAUUGGUGCACGAUUGCCCCAAACUUCUUCUUCCUCAAGUAACCAUCCUUUUGAUGUCCAUACUGAUGGUCCUGGAUAUCACUACCGGUGGAGUCACUUCCCAAGUGCAAGAGAUGUUCAAAAUCCUCUUAUGAUGGCUCCAAGUAAUCUUCAUUAUCGUGGUUGGCAACACCAUCAUCCAUCAUAUUCUCCCAAUGCCCAUGUCGGUGGUGCUGACGCAGCAUCAGGCUUUCCAAGGCUUAGAACUGAUGGUUUACCUACCGCUGAUUCUGUUUUCCAUCUCUUUGUUCUCAGCCAUGGAAGUGGUUCCAGGGCUGGGGCUACCAGCUCUUCUGUUCCCUCAUUGGUUCCACCUUAUCUUAGAAACCAUGGAAACAUCCAUGAACGCUAUCGACUGCAAACUUCUCAAAGUCUGGAGGGAACAGCAAUGCUGCAGCCUGGAAGUUCGAGGGGCUUCAAUCCACUGGACCAGUGUGGUCCUUUUCUUGUUUCUCCAGCAAUUCCAUUGGGUCAAACUGCUGUGGAUGCCGAGAACAUGGGAAGCAACCGCCUCUGUGCAUGGGAACGCGAGUGCUUUGCAUCCCACCAUCCAUAUUCUCGUGUUGACAGAGAAUGCAGUUGUUGGGGCCCUUUCCCACCAGCUAUUGGUGUAUCAGACUCCAACCCGAGGAUGACCUUCUUCCCACCCAAUGUUCCUGAGAUUUCAUCGUCACAAGCGGGGUACAAUCGAUCCGUACCCCCAGCACACAUGCUGUCUUUGAUGUGAUGCAGCCUGGUGAGAUCUCGAGAUGCACGACUCCCCGAUGACAAGAAACGCAGUAAUGUCAUUCAAACUGUUCCGAUGACACUUUUUAGAUCUUCGCUACCCGUAACAGCAUGUCUAUUGUUGAUGUCUGGAGAAAGGCAUGAACCGAAUUAUCUGUUUGAACCUGUUCCAGAUAAAGUGACCAUGAAAUCUCUCUAUAAGCCUGAAACUGUUCAUUGUCAGUAAAUGGAAGAAUGCUUCUCCACGAAAUUUUCAAGGUCUGGUAGCAUACCGAUAAAUUUAUGUAGUUGAUACUGAAGUUGCGGGUUUAAAUUUGCUAUCAAGAAUACAUUACAAAUCUUUGAAACUUGAAAGAGAACAUGUUUAUGUUAGAACUCAUUGAUAUCGAUUCUUGAUUGAUUGAA